CGCCCCAGAAUCGGACCCAAGGCGGGCAGGGAACGCAGGUGUGGGGAGGGGAUGGGCCAGGGGAUAGAACCCAGGAGUCCGGGAGACAGAGACGCGGGAGGGGGGGUGCUGUCCCCUGCCUGGGACCGAGCUAUAAAGGGAUCGCACCCCUGAAUGUUACAGCGGAUGGGACCCAGGCAUCCGUGAGGCUGCAUACCCACUGCCUGGAGAUGUCAGAUGACCCCCCGUGGAUAACCCAGGCGACCGGAGGCUCAGUGUUGGGGGUGACCAUCCCCCCUUCCCGGAUGUAUAACUUGAUUAGACAGCACGGACUGCACCCAACCCCCGGCGGAUAGAACCCAGGCAUCCGGCGAGUCCUCCAGAGUGGAUCUAGCUCUCGCCCGGAUACUGGAUUGAAAACGGAUUGCACCCCCGCACCCUUUGACGGGGAACAGAACCCAGGCGUCCGGGGAGCGGAGGGGGUGCCCUAGGGAGUGUAUGUAACCUCCUGCCUGGAGCGAUAACUGGACUGGACAACACGGAUUGCACCCCAGGUGGAUAGAACCCAGGCGUCCGGGCGGGGGGCACAGGAGGUGCCCCCAGAGUGUACAUGCCCGCCCCCCCCGAUAUAUAACCGGAUUGGACAAUAUCGAUUGCAUCCCCCACGCCGCCGGCGGAGAGAACCCAGGCGUCCGGCGAUGCGGGGGGUGGGGGGUGUCUGUGCUGGUGCUGCAGGGGGCUGCUAGCCGUGGAGGGCGCUCGGAUCUAGCCGCACACGCGUAUCCCGUUCAUGCCACCGCCAGCCAGGCACAAGUUAAGCCGCGCCGCAGCGGAAAGGAGCCGCCGGGGGAGAGAGGGGCCUGCUGGCCCCCCGGGGCAGGGGGACGGCUGGGAUGGGGGGCCCCUUCGGCCGGGGUGACCCCGGUCCCCGGGCGUGAGCAGCCCCGCAAGGACGCGCGGAGGCGGCGUGGGGGGAAUCGCAGUCCCGGGGAUGAGCCAGGGCGCGGGUGGGGGGCCCGGAGACGGGAGACGUGGCCCCCCCUAGAGACAGAGCGCAAGGCACUGCCCACCCACCAACCAUGGCUUGCCUGCUGCUGGUGCUGCUUCUGAUGGUAGGGACCCUGAUGUCCUGGGCUGCCUCCUGCCCCUUCCACUGUGUGUGCCAGAACCUCUCUGAGUCACUGAGCACCCUGUGUGCCAACAAGGGCCUGCUCUUCAUCCCAGCCAACAUUGACCGGCGCACAGUGGAGCUGCGCCUGGCCGACAACUACAUCCGCGUGCUGGAGCCCCAGGACUUCCUCAACAUGAGCGGCCUGGUGGACUUGACCCUCUCCCGCAACACCAUCGACAGCAUCCGGCCCUUCGCCUUUGGUGACCUGGAGAGCCUGCGUUCCCUGCACCUGGACAGCAACCGGCUGAUGGAGAUCGGCGAGGAGGCCCUGCGCGGGAUGCUCAACCUGCAGCACCUCAUCCUCAACAACAACCAGCUGGUGAGCAUCUCGGCCGCCGCCUUUGAUGACUUCCUGCUGACGCUGGAGGACCUGGACCUGUCCUACAACAACCUGCGCCACGUCCCCUGGGAGGGCAUCCAAGGCAUGAUCUACCUGCACACCCUCAACCUGGACCACAACCUCAUCGACUCCAUCAUGGAAGGCACAUUCUCCGAGCUCUACAAGCUGUCCCGCUUGGACAUGACCUCCAACCGGUUGUACACCCUGCCCCCGGACCCGCUCUUCGCCCGCUCCCAGAUGGGCGUCAUCAGUCCCACCCCCUACACUGCCACCAUUGUGCUGAGCUUUGGGGGCAACCCCCUACAUUGCAACUGUGAGCUGCUGUGGCUGCGGCGGCUGGCCCGGGAGGACGACAUGGAGACAUGUGCCUCGCCGCCCCAUGUGGCCGGCCGCUACUUCUGGUCGGUGCCUGAGGAGGAGUUCACCUGCGAGCCGCCCCUCAUCACCCGCCACACGCACAAGCUGUGGGUGCUGGAGGGCCAGCGGGCCACCCUGAAGUGCCGCGCCAUCGGGGACCCCGAGCCAGUGAUCCACUGGGUGUCACCGGAUGACAAGAUCAUCUCCAAUUCCUCCCGGACCAUCUCCUUCCGCAAUGGCACCUUAGAUGUGCUGGUAACCACAGUCCGGGAUGACGGCUCCUACACCUGCAUCGCCAUCAAUGCAGCGGGUGAGUCCACAGCCCUGGUGGACCUCAAGAUUAUCCCUUUGCCCCAUCGGGGCAAUGGGAGCAGUGGCCCGGUGCCACACCACGACCCGGGCUCCUCUGACAUUGCCACCAAGACAGCGGCCAACACCAGUGACUUGGGGGUGGAGGAGAGGAGCGUGGAGGUAUCCGAUGUGACAGCUGACUCGGCCUUGGUGCGCUGGGCUGUAGACAAGUCGGCCCACACUGCCUGGAUGUACCAGAUCCAGUACAACUGCACCGUGGAUGACACUCUGAUCUACAGGAUCAUCCCGGCCAGCAGCCACCACUUCGUGCUGAAGCACCUGGUCCAAGGCGUGGACUACAAUCUGUGUGUCCUGGCCAUCUUCGACGACGUGGCCACCUCUCUGGCUGCAACGCGCCUGCUGGGCUGUGCCCAGUUCUCCACGCAGGAGGCGUACCCAGACUGCCACUCGCUCCACGCCCACUUCCUGGGGGGCACUCUGACGGUCAUUGUGGGGGGCAUUAUCGUGGUGACCCUGCUGGUUUUCACUGUGGUCAUGAUGGUGAAGUAUAAGAUCUGUGGCAGCGUCCACUCUGGCAUGCCCAAAGUCUCCAACAUGUACUCACAGACCAACGGCGGGCAGCCGGGGGUGCCCAACGGGAUGCUGCUGCAGAGGGGGCGUGGGCCGAAGGCGCAGCGCCGGAGGGCGAGGGGCAAGCCCGCCCGGCAGGAGGCACCAGAGCGCAGGACGGCAGAGGGGGUGGUGGCGUGCCAGGGGGACCCGCCGGACCUGGGGACCUCCAAAGCCAAGCGGAGCUGCUCGUUGGACAUGGGGGAGAUCUCCGCCAGCGCCUGCUAUGGUUAUGCCAAGCGCCUGAGCAUCAUGUGGACUAAGCGCAGCCAGUCAGUGCACGGGAUGCUGGCCAGCUGCGCGGCUGAGGGGGAGGGCAAGAGGGGCGGGGCUUUCGCCAGCGCGGAGGAGCUGGAGGAGAGCGUGGUAUGACCCUGGUGGGCGGGAGCUCACCGCACUGGAGCAGCCGGCUGAACGCCGGGGAGGGGACAGCUGAGCCGGGCGAGGAGGGCCUCAGAGCUGACACGGUGACACUCCACUGGAUGUGGUGACAGCUGACUGGACAUGGCAAUGCGCAAACCACCCCGGCAGCCACCUCUCUGAGCCGGUGACACUCCAGCCAAUGUGGCAAACUCACAUCCGACCCGGCAACACUUGAGCCAGUGCGGUGACCCCUGAUCUGACGCAGUGACCCCAGGUCUGACACCACCAGGCCAGGGCCAGCAUAGCAGCACCUUCUCUGACGCUGGAUUUUCCCCAGAGAGAGUGCCCAGUUGGCGAGACACAGAACCCCACAUGGCUGAGCGUGGGUUUGGGUUUUGCCAUUGGACUUGGUUUGACUCGACAUCAGGGGCAGGGAAUGUCUGGAAACCCCUGGCUCUUCCUGCUGGCACCCCCACCUUGAUGCAUAUGGUGUGAGACACACAGACUGGAAAAGGAGAGUUAGGGGGGGAAUCGGUACUGGAUCAGAGAAGGGGGGCCUGGACAGGCUAUCAGUACCAGAUCAGAGAGGGGGUGGGCUUGGAUGGGAGACUGUUACUAGAACGGAGAAGGGGGGUCCUUUACAGGGAAUGGGCCCCAGAUCCGAGACGGGGUGCCUGGACAAGGAGUAGGCUCUGGAUUGAAGAGGGGCCCGGAUGGGGGAUGGGCCCUGGAUGAGAGAGGGGCCUGGAUGGGGGAUGGGCCAGGGGUCCUGGAUAGGAGAAGGGCCUGGAUGGGGGAUGGGCUCUGGAUUGAAGAGGGGGAUGGGCCCUGGAUAGGAGAGGGGCCUGGAUGGGGAAUGAGCGCUGGAUUGGAGAGGGGCCUGGAUGGGGGAUGGGCCCUGAAUCAGAGAGGGGGAUGGGCCUUGGAUUGGAGAGGGGGCCCGAAGGAGAAUAAAAAGUGGAUCACAGAGUGUGCACCUGGAUGGGGAAUUGGUACUGGGCUGGGGGCUGGACAGGAAAUCAGUGCCAGACUGGACGGGGAAUCGGUACCAAGUAUUUUAUGUUUUGGUUUUGUUUUUAAAAUCAUUUGCCUAAAUAAAUAAGUAAACCUGA